AGCACACGCCAGUCAACGCCUCGUUGACGCCCUUGACUCUGUGCCAGGCGGUAAGGCUCUAGUGCUGGAUGCGUGUAUCAGCGGCCCCCUCGCCUUCAUCGCUCCCAUCUCUCUCCUCAAGGAACACGGAGUGGAGAAUCUGUUCCACAUCAGCGCCGAACCCAUCCAAUCACAGUGCUCCACCGUCCUCUACCUGUUGCGCCCCAAUCCGCUUCUUAUUCGCUGGAUCACACACCAGGUGCGAGCAGAUGAGGACGAGGGCAUCACCCGCAGCUAUUCACUCCGCUUCAUUCCCAGAUGUGAUGCGAUAUGCAACAGGAUUCUGGAGCAGGAGGGGCUGGUGGGAGACCCGCGGGUGGCAGUGGGAGAGUAUCCCCUCGAGAUGAUCCCCAUGGACCAUGACCUCCUCGCACUCGACAUCCAUACCCUUUAUAAG